AUGCUUAAGCAACAUUACGAACAGCAAUUGCCGUUUACCGCGGUCAACAUGGCUGCUGCCUCUCAGGAACCUGCCCCGCAGCAACCACAUCCUCAUCCAAAUCCGGAUAUCGCGUCCUUAUCUAUGCAGCAGCAGCAGCAACAGCUACAACAGCAACCAACCAACCUAGCACAACACCAUAACCACAACCACCCACAGCAACAGCAACAGCAUGAACAACAACAACAAGGAACACUUGUUUCUAAUAUCGCCCCUGAAGCCCAAUUGCCAAGCAAUGGAGGCAUGGCAACCCAUUCAAGUGUCAUUCAGAACGAGCAACAGCAAAAUGGUAGCGUCGUCAAUCCAGGUCUUGCAUUGAUCGAUUCUGUGUUACAGCAGAACAUCUUGACUCCAGCUGGCAGUGCUCAUACGACACCAUUGGGCUCACCUCUUGAUCCACAGCAUCAAGUAAUGCUUGCCUUUAAUCAACAAUCACGACAAAGUGAGCAUCGAUCAUCAUUUCAAGGGGGACAACAGCAUCCAAUGCAACAACAAGAACCACAUCCAAUCAUUCAAGAUAUGAUUAAUAGUGCACCUCCAUCACAGCAACCAGCACAGCAACCGGUAGCACAGCAACAACCACAAUCACAGCAACAAUCGACCGUGGAUCAACAACAUACAACAAGUACGAUGCCAACCACACAAUUGGAUGCACAUCAGAUGGCCGCUGUGGCUGCUGCAGCUGCGGCUGCACAAAUGAAUCCCAUGUUAUUGGGUCAACAACACCCCGCCGCUCAAAAUACUAUCGAUCAGAAUUCUCAACAUUCUCAUGAUAACGUCACACAGCAACAGCAACAACAUCAUCCAUUGCAUCCUGUCAUGGUGACAACAAUGAACAAUAAUGCUGGUGGGUUGGUCAUGCCAGCUUCUUGUCAAGAACAACAACAUAAUGCAACAACCAUGGCUUUGAUUCGAGUCAAUCAACCACCACCACCAUCAUCCUCGUCAGGUCACAAGCAUCCAAUGCAACAACAACAACAAGACAAUGAUCAUAUACGCAAAAAGAUGAGACGCAAUACAAUGUCCUCUUACCCAGCACAUUCAAUAUCGAUUCAACAACAAUCAUCAUCAUCAUCUUCUACUACUACCACCACCACCAACAAUGCACCUCAACAUGUGACAGCCACACCAAUGACUUUUUCGGUGGUUCCCAAUAGCAGCAGUAGUAGUACUACUACUACAACAACAACUCCAUCUGCAUGCUCUGAUGAUGCUAAUAUUCGUCGCUUGACAAAAAUACAACAACGACGUGCAUUGGGUACUUUACAACUACCACCACCCCCUUCACCUGCUGAGCUGUGGUCAAAGAUUCAAUCAGCACCGGGUCGUGGCCAAACAGUGGAACGAGCUCCUUUAUCAGCCAAAGAAUAUGAGUCCAUGUCACGUGAAGAGCUCAUUGCAAGAUUGGUGGAAUUGGAACAAGAAAAACGAUCAGGGGAAUCUAUAUCAAGUAGUAGCCCGUCUGUGAGUGUCAAGGAUGGCACUGGCAGCGUUGGCGGUGGACCAAGUUGUAGCUAUGGCAAUGGUGGUGGUGAUGCUGAGUCCACCUCCUCUUCAACAGCAAGCAAGCCAAUCACAUUGACAUCAUCAUCAAGAGAAGUUGGCACAAUCAAAGAAGAGGAUGAACCCCUUCCAGAUGACGACAACAAUCCUUCGUCAACAAAAGAGGAAGAGGACGAUGAUGAGGAUGAUGAAGAAACCGUCCAUCAAGAAGUAAUCUGCAGGUGGAAGGAUUGUGGUUCCAAAUUCGACAAAUUACAGCAACUUAUUGAUCAUCUUGGUGAUGUUCAUGUGGGCAGUGGCAAGCCCACGUAUUGCUGUGAAUGGGAAGGAUGUCCUCGCAACCAAAAACCUUUCACCAAACGCCACAAAAUGUACAAUCAUUUGCGAACGCAUACAGGCGAACGACCUUACGUGUGUACUAAACCAGGAUGCGAGAAGCGAUUUUCACGACCCGAUUCCCUGACAACGCACAUCAAGACACAUUCCAAUAUACGACCUUUUAUUUGUCCUGUGGAAGGAUGUGGAAAAGCCUAUUACCAUGCUCGUUCUCUCAAGAAGCACGAAAAGACGCAUGAGACACCCAACGAAUUUCGACGAUAUAGCGGCGUCGCUGGUACGAUGCCACCUCUCAACUUUGUCCAUAACAACCAUGACCAAGAGGAACAACCAUCUACCACCACCACCACAAACACUACAACUACCACCACAACUGCUACUACUACUACGACUUCUACUACUACGGCUGUGACUCUACAACAACAUCCGAUUGCUCUAACAUCUACAACAACCACUGUACCUCCUCCUCCUCCUCCUUCUUCCACUUCCUCGCAUACCGAUCAUCCACAAGCACAACAAAAUCCAUUUGUAUCCAAUGAAUCAUUCCAUGUAUCGAUGCAGCCGCCUCAACAACCACAACAACAGCAACCGCAUAUUGAAGACUAUACCCCGAUCCUUGCAUCCGAUCAACAACCACAAGAAGCAUUGAUUGCUGCUGCUGCUGCUUCUACCACAACGACACAAAUACAAGAAAACGAUCAUCCUUUACAACCACCUCCCACGACUACUGCUGGCUUUUAG